GGACCAAUCGCUGGAGUGUAAUCGGGACGAGCGGAGAUGGAGGGAGAAUACAACUCGGAACGGAAUGCGCGCCUGACAAACGUCGGGAACAGUUCGCGCGCGUACAUUGACGCGUUAUCAUCUAUUUUUCUUUUAUCCUCGUACUCUCUACUUAUUUAUAUCCAUCUAUCUCUGUCAUUUACAUUCCAUCUCCGUCAUCUACUAACGCUCGCUCUCUUCGUCCAUUCAAGUUCUUGAAAACUCGUCUCGUCUGAUGACGAUGAUCGUUGAAAAAUGUUGACGAGCGUCGUCGUCGUGCCGCCGUCGACGUUGACCGUCGCUCGGAGUAUCGUCAGACGCGAAAAUUUUCUUUUCCAUCGAGGAAAAGAAUCCAACAGGAGGAUCUCGCUCGGUCUCGAAAUUAUCCAAAAGCAAAGAAAUUCAAUGUGAAUAUUCAGAUAUUCGAAUUGUUCUCUUUCUUACAAAACGGAAGACGCUUCAAGGAAAUAAGACAAACUCGGUGCUUGAAUUGUUAAGAACGGUGAAAGAGGAGGAGAAGGGACAUGAUCCUUCUAGCAAGAAACUUUAUAUAAAGUAAUUUUCACUUAGAACUUGAUACGCUAACAAACUCAACGGAGAACUACGUAUAAGACGUUGGAACGCAUAAUUUAUCGUGAAGAAUUAAUAUCAACCAAAGAAGAGCCAUUUAAACCUUUGAUUUUAUCUUUUUCGAGUCUUUAAGUUUGGAAAUUAAUACUUUUUUAGUGAUUCGACAAAAGCGAUUUAUUAUACUUUCAAUCGAUAAAUUUAUAUAAAGAAAGACAAACAAAUAUUUCUUUUCGAUAAGAGAGAACGAUUAAAUAUAAUAACGGAAAAGAGGAUGUAGCCAUAAUAAUGCAUAAUCGUAACGUCGAAGAUGUAGUUGCCUACCGAAAUGGACAAAUAUUGUAGAUAAAAAAUGGAUGGCCUCGAAAUAAGAGGCAGCACCUGGGAGCUCUGCAAAAUUAAGUACAAACAUUUUACGCCACCGCAUGGAGAGCUAUGGUGUAAUUCUGUUUGGGACUCGUUGCUUUGUUGGCCGCCGACGAAAGCUUUCAGCACUGUCAAGCAAAGAUGCCCUUUCGAGGAUGGUUUCGACACGACGAAAUUCGUGGAAAAGAAAUGUGGUUACAACGGACGAUGGGAAGGACAAAACGGAAGUUCGACCGGCGAAGAGUCGAUUCACGGAUGGGCGAAUUAUACGACCUGCCUGACGCCGGAAUUGUUUCGCCUUCAUGGAAAAGUUUAUACAAACCUGCAAGAAGGAGAGAUGAAAUUGGACAUAGCCGAAAAAACGCGCACUCUCGAAUUCGUCGGAUUGAGCAUAUCGUUGGUGGCUUUGCUCGCCUCUUUGACAAUUUUUUGUCGAUUCAGAUCCCUGAGGAAUACCAGAACAAGGAUACACAAGAACCUCUUCGUUGCCAUGGUCGUUCAAGUCCUAAUCAGAUUGAUCUUGUACAUAGACAUCGAAGUUUUGAGAAAGAAGACACCCGGCACGCAACGUGGCAUAGGAAAUACCCCGUUUCUCUGCGAAGCCACUUACGUUUUGCUGGAGUACGCUAAGACCGCCAUGUUUAUGUGGAUGUUUAUCGAGGGUCUCUUCCUUCACAACAUGGUCACCGUGACCGUCUUUCAAGAGACGUCUUAUUACCGUAUGUACCGAUUCGUGGGCUGGGGAUUUCCCGUCGUGAUAACGUUGAUCUGGGCCAUCGUCACAGCACUUUACUAUCAUCCCAAAUCGAAAUUUUUAAGAUGUUGGUCGGGAUACAAUUUGUCUUCCUACUUUUGGAUUCUCGAAGGUCCGAGAUUUGCCGUAAUACUGCUGAAUUUUUUGUUCCUGCUCAACAUCAUACGCGUGUUGGUGGUGAAACUACGACAAAGUCACACCAGCGAGAUUGAAAAAGUUUUAAAAGCUGUAAGAGCGGCCGUAGUUUUAUUACCCUUGUUGGGUAUCACCAACGUCUUAUUCAUGAUAGAAGCUCCAUUGGACAACGUUAAGAAAUUUGCCUUGUGGUCGUAUUCGACGCAUUUUCUUACGUCUUUUCAGGGCCUCUUCAUCGCGAUCCUUUAUUGCUUCCUCAACGGCGAGGUGAGACUAGCUCUGGACAAGACCAUCUCCGUCUAUCUUUUCCUAAGAGGAACGGACCUUCAAGCGAGAAGACAAUCGACUUACAGCGGUUGUCAGCCUUAUCGAAUAACCUCGGAACGACGCUCUGACUAUGGCAGUUCUUGCGAGUCUUCGACAUCUAGAAACAAGGCUGGCAUUAUAACAUCUCCUCGACCCAUUGAACAUCCAGCGAUGCCUUUGAACUUGACGACGACGACGAUGACGACGACAACGACGACGUCGACGACGACGACGACGACGAGGAAUCGUUUAAAGGGUACAUUAUCCAUAUUCACGCCAAUUUUAGAAAUAUCCUUUAAUACAUGA